AUGCGGGUUAGCUGGAAGGUCUCUUUGGCAGCGCUAUGCACUGCGACUCUUGCCUCGUUUUCAUCGUCUGGUGUUUCACAUGCGGUUCCUUCUCAUUACACAUUUGAUGACCACCCCAUCCUUGAUAUUCUUGGACGUAAGCUUUAUCAGAAACGUGAUAUCGCCGACAUUGGGGAAGUAUGCCCAGUAGAUAGCAGUUCGCUUGCUGGUGCCAUGUUCCUUCAUUUCACCGCUAUAUUCUUCGACGACUUCACCACUGGAGGUGGUACUGAUAUUUUAGCGCCAAACUACAUUGUGAAUGCAAACCGUGGCCAGGAUUGCUCCGUACCUCCUACUACUGGUCUCGAUGGUAUUGGUCUUGUCGUCGGAGGAUUAACCGCUACCCAAGAUACCCGUGUUCAUGGUGACUCAGUCCAUGCUGGUGGCGGUAACUUGGAAGAGAUAGUGGAACUCAAUGAAGGCGAAGGUUGCGCUAUCUUUGAUGACAUUGGCACUGGUGCAAUGGAUUUUGAAGUUGCCGAAAACGCUGCCAUCGAAGCAUCUAUUAUCUUGGCCGCCAGUGAUCCCAACAUGUAUAUUGAUGCCAACGGUGUAAUUACGAACCUUGGUACGGGUGAUUCGAACUACAAGAUAUUCACAUUUAACACCUGUAACGAUCGUGAUUGUAACGUUCCUGGUGUAUUGUCCGACCCCAGUGCUAUCCUCCUGGGCGAAGGCAACUUCAAUGGCCCUUCAGGAGACGUGCCCAGUGAUGACGACACUGUCGUGUUCAAUAUCCCCGUUACGGAAGGUGAAACUAUUGAACUCAAGACCAACUUCCCAAGUCAAGGUUUCUAUGCUUGUCGCACUAUUUACAACUUUUACCCUGUGAAUUCACAGGGUAUUUACAGUGCUGACAGCGAAAUCACUGUUUUCCGUAAUACUGGCGGACAAAUCGAAGGCUUCACAUUGGCUCCACGAGCCCAUAUUCGCGAUUCGACCACUGGUGCUUUUGCCGGUACCAUCAUUGGUUUGGACUAUGCUUGGUAUUAUGGCUCAGUCGGUGUUGAGCUUCACGAUUAUGGUGCGGCUGAUGACGACUGCAAUAUUUUCGCCGGCUGCCUACCUAUCCGCCCAACAGCGAGCUAUACAACCGUUACCACCGUACAAACACCAACGGUGACCGCAGGAACAAUUACAACAACGGAGGUUGAGACUACGACCAGGAGCUAUGUAGGCAUUACAUCGCUUCCUAUCGAAGUCACACUGCCUGGAUCUACCAUCACCACCGAUGCCCCUGUCACAGAAACGACAGAAACGACCCUUACUGCAACGACGUUCACUGUAGUGGUUCCUGCACCCGAUCCACAAACCACAACAUACGAGACAGAUGUUCCUCAAACGCAGACAGAAACGUAUACUACCCUUACCACUGACGGGACCUCGACAUACACGAUCACUGGUACAUUGACCGAAGUUACGGAAGUGCCUACAACCAUCACGAGCACUCUUAGCGAGACAACGGUUGAAUAUGUAUCAUCAUUGUCCUCUGUGGUAACGCAGACCAUCGUCGAAACUGAAGAGACAGUUAUCACCGUUCCUCCAACCGUUUCAACAAGCUAUAGCCUGACUACAGAGGAACAGACGAGUGUAUACACUUACACCACUACUGAAACGAUUGUAAUCACUUCUGACGGUCUUCCAAUGACGGUCACCACUGUUGUACCAGUUACAUCGUGGGAAACCGACCGUCCAACCAGAACGCCCACGACCAUCUCUCCCCCCACGUUCACCACGACGAUCUAUGAGUCCACCGAAGUUCUUGGCGGUACUGUUUAUGCCUAUCCCUACAUCGAAGAGAAGAAGAAGAAAGGUGGUUGGGACGAUAAGAAAGACGGAUGGGGCGACAAGAAGGGUGGAUGGAAAGACGACAAGAAGGGUGGAUGGAAAGACGACAAGAAAGGGGGAUGGGAUGAUGACAAGGAUGACGACGAGUGGGAUGACGACGAGUGGGAUGACGACGACAAAGAAUGGGACGAAGACGACAAAGAAUGGGAUGAUGACAAGGGCUGGGGCGGCGACAGCGAUUGGAAAAAGAAGGGCAAAAACGGCAAAAAAUACGAUUAG